AUGGGAAGGAUGUUAAAGACUAUGCCCAAAAUCUGGAAGGUUUAUGAUAGAGUUCGGGGGGUGGCUCUUACUAAGGAGAGAUUUCAGUUCGUCUUUGAGCUUGAGACUGAUAUACAGAUGGUUCUCAAUCAGGGUUUCUGGACUUUUGAUGAUUGGGGAAUGGCAAUGGAACGAUGGGUAGAAUUUCCUCCCCCAAAUUACCUUCAAACAGCUAAAGUGUGGGUGCGUCUCUACAACCUCCCAGUCAACUACCUCACUUUGAAGACGAUUGAUGCAGUUGCAGAUGGUAUAGGCCAUGUCAAGGUGAUUGAGUUCGACCCUGAAAAACCGCUACUGAAUGACUAUAUCAGAGUCCAAGUUGUUUUGGACCUAAAUCUACCGGUUCGAGACAAAAAAUCGGUGACGCUACCUGGAGGCAGAAUUGAAUAUGUGGACGUUGGAUAUGAACGCAUCAGGAAGAAGUGUUUCCACUGCCUGAGGCUGUCGCAUGAGAAACAAAAAUGUCCCCUGCUCCAAGGAGUUAGGCAGCAUCAUAACAAUCUGGCUGACAAGAUCAUGCCUCUUCUAGCUCCAUCCAUUCCUCCUGGUUUUGAGCCUCAUGCAUCCUUAGUUGCACCGGAGGUCUUUGAGCAGAUGAGGCUCUACAUGAAUUGUUCUGAUCCAGAGGAGAGGAUUAUCAGAGAAGCAAAGAUGAAGAAAACUCUCAAUGAGCUAUCUCAGGACCCCAUCGCCCAACGAUCUUGCUUGCGUCUUGAAUCUGCUCCAAAAGUAGCACCGUUAACAAUUGAGGGUAGAGGUAAAAUCUUUGAUUUCAGCAGAGUCCAGUCAGAUCAGCUCCUUGACGGUGCAGAAUCUUCAUCCAAGGGUACUGAUCUCCACAAACGGCAAAGGUCGAAAGAUCCAACAAAACGACAUCAGAGGAAAGAGGUAGUAGAAACGAAUGGACUUAUGACCUCUAGCAGCCAUAGACAAGAUUCUGUCCUUAUUCGCACAAGCGAUCAGUUUGGUACAUCACCUGCUAAUCUUGAUGAUCCCAAAGUUUUUUUGAAAUCCCCGGCCUUAUCUGGUGGCUUUACUGUUGGGGUUGGCGAUGGUCAGAUAGGAGAACGUGGUAGCAGAAGUAAGAGUUCUCAUAAGAGCAGAACCUCGUGGACCAGAAGGAACCAAAACAAAAGAAGAGUCUCUUCAGCGGAACACUCUGAAAAUCACCUCAUCAAGGAGGAUGCAGCUGGUAAACGCAAGGCAUAUGAAGAAGGGGAAGUUUCCUCAAAAAUGUCACGACACAACAAGGGUUUGAUGGUUCACCAGAAACCAUCCAAUCCUCAAUGA